AUGUCCGAUAAAAGCCUGAGCGCUGCAUCCUCUGCAACGGGCAUUCCUUCAGCUGAACGCCCGAUAUCCUUUCAAGAGAAAGAGAAAAGCGAAUCUUUUCUCGUGGACAAACUAGCACUUGAUGACCCAUAUAAUCCCCAAGGGUGGUCGGCAGCUACGAAAUGGUACAUCACCAUGCAGGCUGGCCUUCUCGUGUUGAAUGCAACCUUUGCCAGCUCUGCACCGGGAGGAAUAGCGCAAGCUUUGAUAGAGGAGUUUCAUUUUUCCAGGGAGGUGCAAAUCCUCACCGUAUCCCUCUUCGUCGCCGGCUAUUGUGUUGGACCGCUCUUAUGGGGACCCUUGUCUGAAGAAUUUGGCCGUAGACCAAUCUUCCUCGGCACAUUUUUCGUAUACAUGAUGUUUCAAAUUGGUGCUGCACUCGCCCAUAAUACCGCCACCAUAUUGAUUACUCGUUUUUUGGGAGGUGUGUUCGCUGCGGCUCCUCUAGCGAACUCCGGCGCCGUCAUAUCUGAUAUUUGGGACGCCAAAUCUCGAGGGCGGGCAUUGGCUAUAUUCACUCUCGCUCCGUUUGCGGGUCCCACUUUGGGCCCCACCGUAGCUGGUUUCAUUUAUGUUUCAGGCACUUCGUGGCGGUGGCUCUUCUGGAUCCUCGCCAUAUUUGCCGGCGUUUGCUGGAUCCUUAUGCUAUUUACGCUGCCCGAAACUUACAUGCCUAUCCUCCUCGUUCAACACGCCCAAAAAUUGCGCAAAGAGACCGGAGACGAUCGCUAUUACGCACCUAAGGAGGUCACUAAGAAGACUUUGGGACAGCAAGUCGAACACGUACUUCUCCGACCCUUCAAGAUGCUGUUCCAAGAACCAAUGUUGUUAGCUAUGACGUUGUACAUGAGUUUUGUUUAUGGCUGCCUGUACCUCUGUUUUGCGGCAUACCCCAUUGUCUUCACGGAAGGCCAUCAUCUCAAUGCCGGGAUCUCCGGUCUCAUGUACAUCCCCAUCAUGGGCGGCGGCGUUUUGGCUGUCACACUUUAUUCGUUUAUUUUCAGUCCGCGGUACGAGCGUGAAGUAGAACGAUGUGCUCCAAACCCUGUAGUUCCUGAAUUCCGAUUGGAGACUGCAUUAAUCGCCGCGCCGUUGUAUGCUGCCUCGUUUUUCUGGUUUGGUUGGACGUCAUAUCCUUCUGUCUCCCUCUGGGCUCCAUUAAUGAGCGGGGUCUUAACUGGUUUCGGCAUUUGUUGGAUUUUCCUGGGACUUUUCAACUAUAUCAUUGACACAUAUCUGAUAUCUGCGGCCACUGCUCUCUCCGUUACCACCGUGGUUAGAAGUAUAUUUGGUGCUGCGUUCCCGCUUUUUGGCGCGCAGAUGUAUGAAGCUCUGAGUCCGCGGUGGGCAUCUUCCUUGCUCGGUUUUGUAGCAAUCGCUAUGACACCUAUACCCUUUGUUUUCAUGAAAUACGGUGCAACACUGCGAGCACGCUCAAAAUAUACACCGUCUACAUCAUCCGAGAGAUUAAAAGAAUCUGAAAAUUCUGCAGCGUAA